AUGUUGCAUCAAAUUGUUAUGAUGGCGCGGAGUGAAGACCCAAGCAUCAAACUUGGAGCCGUUCAGCAAGCCCGCAAAAUGUUGUCAUCUGAUCGGAAUCCGCCUAUCGAUGACCUCAUCUCCAGCGAUAUCCUUCCCAUUCUUGUCAACUGCCUCGUUUCAGACGAUGUAAAUCUACAGUUUGAGGCGGCAUGGGCGCUCACAAAUAUCGCUUCGGGAACCUCGGAACAAACACAGGCUGUUGUGAAUGCUGGUGCAGUUCCAUUAUUUCUCGAGUUACUAUCAAGCGGCAAUAUGAACGUCUGCGAACAAGCAGUAUGGGCUCUUGGCAACAUUAUCGGAGACGGACCACAUUUUCGAGAUUAUUGCCUUGGACUGGGGAUUCUGCCGUUACUUCUCAAUUUUAUUACGCCUGAAAUUCCUCUCGGUUUCCUACGAAACGUUACCUGGGUCAUUGUCAAUUUAUGCCGAUCAAAGGACCCACCACCUACUCCAGAGAUCGUGAAAACCAUUUUGCCAGCCCUUGUUCUGCUAAUUCAUCAUGACGACCCCAAUAUUCUUGUCGACACUGUAUGGGCACUCUCGUAUCUCACAGAUGGUGGAAACGAGCAGAUACAGAUGGUCAUCGAUAGCGGAAUCGUUCCGUCUUUGGUGCCCAUGCUUGGCCACUCCGACGCGAAAGUGCAGACUGCAGCCCUGCGAGCCGUUGGAAAUAUCGUCACAGGAUCUGAUGAGCAGACGCAGCUCGUGCUCGACUGUGGCGUGCUCCAAGAAAUGCCGCAACUUCUUUCACAUCAAAAGGAGAAGAUCAAUAAAGAGGCUGUGUGGUUCUUGUCGAACAUCACCGCUGGUAACCAAAACCAGGUGCAAGCAGUUCUCGAUGCUGGUCUUAUGCCUCUGAUCAUCAAUUUGCUUGGAAAAGCUGACUUCCCAACACAAAAGGAGGCAGCUUGGGCCGUAUCAAACGUCACGAUUUCCGGCCGUCCAGAUCAGGUGGAACAGAUGGUGAACUGUGGUGUGAUUCGUCCAUUCUGCGCUCUUCUUGACUGCAAAGAGCCUCAAAUUAUCCAGGUUGUUCUGGAUGGUAUAAACAACAUUUUGAAGAUGGCCGGUGCAGGUGUUGAGGCGAUAUGUACACAGAUCGAAGAGUGUGGAGGGCUGGAUAAAAUUGAACAACUGCAGAAUCAUGACAAUGAGGAGAUAUACAAGCUCACCUACGAGAUUAUUGACACAUAUUUCAAUUCGAACAGCGACGAUGACAUUGCGACUGGUCAAGAAGGAGGUGUAGUGCAACAACCCGCAAAAGGAUGGUCUUUUAACUGA